AAAAAAUGCAGCCGUGAAGAAAGGCACCCAAAAAAGCAACUCCAAAGCGGAACGUGAGGCUACCGUCGUUCGUCACCACCUGCCAUCGCACAACCAUACAUAGUAGCUACAAGCUGCGCAGCCCAAUAUAUUGGAUUGAAGAGAAAAUGGCGGAUGCUAUUGUUUCAGAAGUGGUGGGGAGAAUUGCAACUAUGUUAGAAGAUAAGAUUCGGUAUGAAGUCAAUUUGGUGAAAGGCGUGAAGAAGGAGCUUCUCAAUCUUUACAAGAAGCUCGAUAAGAUCAGAAUGGUGUUGGAUGAUGCAGAAAAGAAAGCAAUGAAUGAUCCAAUCGUCAAAAGUUGGUUGAAGGAGCUCGAAAACACGACUUAUGAGAUGGACGACAUUUUGGAUGAAUGGAACUACUCUCUUCUCAAACAUAAGUUGGAAGAUUUUGCUGAGCCUGAGCCUGAGCCUGUGCAAAAGAGAGGCUGCUCCUUCAUCCCAUCUUCAUGUUUAUGUUUCAAGGACAUUUCUUUUCGUCGUGAUAUUGCCAAGAAAAUAGAACAUGUGAACGCCACGCUUGAUCAGAUUUACAAAGAGAGAAAUGAAUUUAAUUUUGUCAUCUCUCCGCCUGCAACUGAUCCAGUGCCGGUGCCCGAGUCUCAACAAGAACCAACCACAUCUUUAAUUGACUUGAAGAAUGUUUAUGGGUUGGACAUAUAUAAGAAAAGGGAUGACAUAGUGAAGAAUAUGAUGGUUAAUGGUGAUGAUACCCAAAUUCUGUCUAUAGUUGGGACGGGAGGACUUGGGAAGACGACACUUGCUCAACUUAUUUUUAACCAUCCUCAUUUUGAGAAAGAUUGGUUAAAAAUUUGGGUGUGUGUUUCUGAUCCCUUUAUUGCCACCGUAGUUGCAAAAAAUAUAGUUGAAAGUGUGGGAACUGAAACAAUUCCUCCAAAUACCAACCAAUUAGAAUUAGUAUUACAAAAAGUAAAAGCUUCCGUUUCAGGGAAAAAGUUUCUUCUUGUCCUUGACGAUGUUUGGACAGACGACAAUAAAAAAUGGGAGCCCCUUAAAAUCAGUCUCCAAUGUGGUGCGGUAGGUAGUAAAAUUCUUGUGACAACGAGAAAGGAAACGGUGGCUAAGAUGUUUCGUACCUUAGACGAUGAUAUGUAUCACCCAAAUAAGCUUAGUGAAGAAGAAUGUUGGUCUUUAUUGCGCGACACAUCUCUUCAAGGAAAGAGUGAGAAGGAAUGUGGAAAGUUUGAGGAUGUUGGCAAGAAAAUAGCUAGCAAGUGCAAUGGAUUGCCUCUGGCUGCAGUUGUUUUAGGAAGACUUCUGCAGUUCAAGGAUUUGGAAGGGUGGGAACAUGUAGAGAAGAGUGAAAUAUGGCAAUUGGAGAAUGCCAAAUUAGAUCUUUUUCCUCAUUUGGUUUUAAGCUACAAUGAAUUGUCCCCGACUCUUAAGCGUUGUUUUUCAUAUUGUGCCGUCUAUCCUAAAGAUUACCGAAUUGGUGCGGAGACCCUGAUAGAAGAGUGGAUGGCGCAAGGUUAUCUAGGCUCGGAUAGUGGAAACGAUGCACUGGAGCUCAAAGGGCGAGAGAACUUGAAGAAUUUAGCAAUGCGUAGUUUGUUUCAAGACAUUGAAAAAAGUGAGUCGGGGGAGCAGAUAGAAUGGUGUAAAAUGCAUGAUAUAGUACAUGAUUUUGCUCUGUCUCUUAGGAAGAAUGAUGACAAGGAGAGAAGUUGUCAAGUUUGUGAUUCUUCAUUGGUUUCUCAUGUGCAAGAAUAUCGGAGUCUAUCUUGUAUCUACUACAUAACUCCUGAUUUUGAAAGAGAUAGAAGUUGUAAAGUUUGUGAUUGCAUGAAAAGUGUUAGGGUGUUAAGAAUUGAGAGUAGCCGUCCGAUGGGAAUGGAAACGCUGAUUCACUUGAGAUGGUUGGAUAUUAGUUGGAUUACAUUAUCAAAGGAUGACCUCGAAAUCAUAUGCAUGCUUUAUUUCUUGCAAUCUCUUCGCUUAUCAUCGUGCGAGCUGACAGAGAUACCACAACAAAUUGGGAGUUUGAAUCAGUUAAGACGAGUUGACUUAAGUAAGAAUGGAGAAUUAAAGCAGUUACCGGAUAGCAUGUGUAAAUUGGUUGAAUUGCGAACUCUUUCCUUAGAAAGUUGCUCUCUAGAAGUGAUUCCACAACAAAUAGGGAAUUUGGUGCAGUUAAGACGACUUGACUUGAGUUGGAAUACAGAAUUAAAGGAGUUACCAGAGAGCAUGGGCAGUUUGGUUGAAUUGCGAACUCUUUCCUUAGCACACUGCUAUCUAAAAGAGAUUCCACGAGAAAUUGGGAAUUUGGUUCAUUUAAGACGACUUAACUUAAGUUAUAAUCAGGUAGUAGAGUUACCUGAUAGCAUUUGUAGUUUGGUUGAACUGCAAACCUUGGAGAUUGAAGGAACUGAUAUCAACUAUCUGCCUCAAGCAUUAGGUGAGUUGAGUAAUCUCUGCACAUUGAAACUCUGCGAAUUGAAAAUAGGAAGCCAAUACAACAAGUUUGGUUUUCUGAAAAAUUUACACCAUCAUCUUAUUGGAUCUCUAUAUUUCAAAAUCUACUUGAGUAGUAUGAGUGAAAUGGUGGAAUUGGUUGAAGAUGCUCGACAGGAACAAUUGAAGACACUCCUUCAAAAACUCGAAACACUCGAACUAUCUUUCGAGGUUACGAUGAAUGAAACGGAGCAGUCAUCAUCAGCAGCAAUGUGGAUAGAGGUAGUAGAAGCUCUCGUGCCCCAUUACAAGUUGAAAGAAUUGGCAAUCAUUGGAUAUAAGGGCGCCAGACUUCCGCAUUGGAUGUCAUCGCCCCUCAACUUUAUAAAACAGAUCCGUUUGCGUUUUUUGAGUGAGGUGUCAUCAUUGCCGGCUAUGGGGAAACUACCUUUCUUGGAAUUUCUCUGUAUAGAGAGUGCAAGGGAAUUGAAGAUGGUUGGAAGGGAGUUUUUAGGAAUAGAAUCUUCAUCUGAUGUUGUUGCAUUUCCUAAACUCAAGAAACUAGUAUUUAUGUUCUGCUAUGAAUGGGAGGAGUGGGAAGACAUAACAGAGGAAGAGGAAGAAGAAUCUGCGGCCAUCUCCAUCAUGCCAUGUCUCACACGCUUGUCUAUCUUUUGGUGUAAGAGUUUGAAGAAGCUGCCGCUUCGCCUGCUACGCAAGGUCUCCUCGUCUUUGCUGUUGUUGGAAACCAGAGGUUCAUCAGAGCUAGUAAAAACAUACGGAGAGGAUGGGGAAGGUUCAGCUUUGAGAUCCAUAUCCCAACAUAAUCCCCAACUUCAACUUCUCCUUCGCCUAUAG